CCCUGCACGGCCGCGCCCCGCCUCCGCUCCUGUCUCAAUCUGGGAUUGUCCUCCUGUAGCCCCACCAUCCACCGUGGGGAACGGUGGAGAGACUACAACUCCCAGUAUGCACCGCGAUGCGCGCCUCACCCUGCAUCUCCCAGCCUGCAGCCAGCUGGCAUCCUAGACCCUCUGCCCUGCGACCAACAGCCGGGAGCGGACCAGACACCAGAACUCCCGGAACGGUUGAAGACGGUUCCGCUCCCUGUCCCGCCUUUCGCAGCCCAGCAGUUUCGCCCUGCGGAGAGGAGCCUUGCUGUUUCCAAAUCUCUCCUGCUGAGGAGACAUUGGAGCUAGGGCGACUAGUUUCACCUGGUAAUUGUGACACCCUGUCUCCUCGAGCUGCAGGCUUUUAUGCUUGUCAUGUUCGAAGUUUGAUACCUUGCAGAUCAACAAAGGGCCGGUGGCCUCUCACUGCCUCUGCGGCAGGGUUGUCAAGGCUGUCACAAAUCCUCUGCACCCCAGGAGCGCCGCUUGGACCCCCGGGCUCGCUGCGUGGUCCAUAUCUAGGUCGGGCCUCUCACGGAGACUUUCCCGCCAGUGUAAUAAAGAGGAGAAAACGUCACAGCGGAAGGGCCUGACCCUGCUGCAUCCACUAAGGAAACAGCUACGGGGAUGGGACCCUGGAAGCUGCUGUGGGAGCCUCAUCCACCACUUCUCUGACCCCACCCAGGCUGCUUCCCAGGCCUCAGGGUCUUAGUGUGGACCUCCCGGCCGUGAUUAAUGCAGUUUUUCAGGUUAAGUACUGCACGACUACUCGCUUCUGAAACUGAUAGACACUGCCUCAGCUCCGUGCAGGGCAGACGCACAAGAGCAGAAUCUCCGUGGGACAUCUAUCUGGAGCAUCAAUAUUACUGCAGUAUUUGGAAGAAACAAAUUUAAAUAAGUUCUAAGGUAAAGAAUGGAACAUUUAAGACAAGUCUGGAAAGUCAUCUGCCUUUAAUAACUGUCGUUUGUCCCUCAUGUCAGACUUUCUCCAAGACAAAAACUCUAAGAACUUAUUUCCAUUCUUACAAAUAGUAAAAAUGAUAAAUCAUAUCAAGUUCAUUGAAAGUCCUGCCUGCUACUUUCCUAAAUCGCAAUAUGGCCUUGGUAUGGUUUUAUUUGUACUUUUGUGGGGGGUUCGUGGAUCUUUAGAUUAAAAAAAAAAAAAAAGGUCUUUGAACAAUUUUUGCAAGUUUGCAGCUGUUAGUUAUUGAUUUAUUUUUGCAACCCAUCUAAUUCUUCUGUCUCUCUCCUCUCCUCAGACUCAAUAAUUCCAUGGGUCUCUAAGGCUGUGUUUAUUUUCUUUAAAUUUUGUUGAUUUACUUUUAUACUCCAUUUGAUUUUUUCUAUCUCUCACCUUUUCUCAGACUCAGUCAUCCCACAGGUCUGUAAGGCUCUGUUCAUUUUCUUUAAACUUCUUUUUUUUUCUGUCCUCAGAUUGAAUAAAUUAUAUUGCUAUGUCUCUGUUUCUGAACUAUAGAAAAGCUCAAAAUUAUUAUUUUUAUUUCCCAUUUUUUAUAUGGCUAUUUUUUCUCUGCUGAUGUUUCACAUCUAUUCAUUUAUGAGACUAUUUUCCUUUGCCCUCAUGAGCGUGUUUAUAAUAGCUGCCUUCAAAUUCUUGUCUGCCGUUUACAUCUUGGACAUCUUGGAGAUGGCUACUGCCUGCUUUUUAUCUUGUGUAUUUAUUACAUUUUCACGUGUCUUCACGCAUCUCUUGAAUUGGAAAUUGUGCCCUGGAGACUGUAUACAAGACUGGAUUAAAAAGACUGGAUUCUG